AUGGCGUUCUGGCCUGGUCAGUCGGCGACCGACAUCCUGUCUGUGGCGGCGUCCCACACACGGUACCUUCUGUGUGACUUCAACCCUCCAGAGGGCUUCAGCCUCCGCAGGGACGUCUGCAUCCACAUUGCCUUCCUCCUGAAGACCCUGCUGAAGAUGGAGGAGUCGGUACUGGUGCUACCCCCUUGGGGCCGCCUCUACCACUGGCAGAGCCCCGACAUCCACCAGGUCUGGAUUCCCUGGUCCGACUCCUUUGACCUCCCAAGUCUCAACAGAAACAUCCCUGACAUUGAGUACGAGCAGUUCAUUGCAGGUGAGGUGGUGGUCAUUAAACUAAGGCCAGUUUUUCUCGGGAAAUAG